UGUAAAUAUGCUUAUUGAUUAAGUUUCUUUAUUUUCUGAGCAUGUCGUUGGUGCUUUGGACAUUUUUUUGUAACCAAGAUACUUGUGUGCGUACUUUAUAAGCACUCUUGGCAAUAAUAAUAAAAUUCAUUCAUUAUGACCGUGGGAUCAGUAGGAAGCCUAUUACACAAAUAACUAAAUAAUAAUAUAUUUUGUCUAAUGCAAAAACAUUUAAAAAUAAGUGUGUGCAAAGAUUUGUUUGGCUACCAAAAGUGUCUAUAUUGGUGUUAUAAUUCAACGCCGUGAGACGGAAUUAACUGAUUUUAGGUCCAAUUUAAAUGUCGAUUUUUUUUACCCAAAUAUAGCAGAAUAUAAUCUGCGACGUGACGCAAACCGCAUAUGACGUAGGCAAUUGUACUGAGCCUAAAUCAAGUCCAAAACAAAAGGUCACAGAUUGGGUGCUUCAAUUAUAUAUUGUUCCUCUUCUUAGACUGCAUGGUGGCCAUGGAGACGGAAAUAGGAACUUGGAAACCUGAUAAUGCAGAGGCGAUCCAUCCCCAGGUGAGGAUUCAAAAUACCUGAAGCAAAGUUUCUAUCACUCUUGUCUGGAAAGUGUGGAUGUGUCUCUGUCUGUAGCUCUUCUUCUGUCAGUAUGCACCUCCUUGUUCUUGUGCUCUGUGUUCUUCUGGAGCUCCUCAUGGUCAGCUGUCAGGAGGACAUCCAGGGCCGUAUAGUGGGUGGAUAUGCCCCCUCUCCUUACUCCAUCAAGUACGUUGUGUCCAUUCAGAGUGCUACGGGCCAGCACUUCUGCGGAGGAACAUUAAUAAACAAGUACUGGGUGCUGACCGCAGCACACUGCAAUAUAGGAGCGGCAAACAUGAGGAUCGUGGCCGGAGAUCACUCCGUGGGUUCAUACGAGGGUACGGAACAGUUUCGCAGACCUCAUCUCUUAAUACCUCACCCACAGUACAACAGAGACACCAACAACGCAGACAUCAUGCUCAUUAAGCUUCAGUCUCCAGUCUAUAUAAACAGUUAUGUGUCUCUGGCUCCAUUACCUCGUCUGGACGCUAUGGUGGCAGUGGGACGGGUGUGCAGGGUGUCCGGUUGGGGCUUCACAAGCCCGACAGGAGGAAUCCCUUUAACUCUGCGUACGGUCAUGCUGCCCAUAGUGUCCACUUCAGUGUGUAACAGCACAGAAUCUUUCAACGGAAACAUCACUGAGAACAUGAUCUGUGCGGGAUACAGAUCAGGAGGAAAAGAUGCCUGCAAGGGGGACUCUGGUGGACCUCUGUUGUGCGAGGGUCGGGUCUAUGGUGUUGUGUCCUGGGGCAGCGGCUGUGGUGACCCUCAGUAUCCUGGCGUCUAUACCGCCGUCUCCAGGUUCAGGCAAUGGAUCGACAGAACUAUAUUUGGCUAUUACGGAAGGUGCCUCAAGUAUUAGACUGCAGUGUCAUUUCAGCACUUCCCUUAAUUGAACUUGAACAUGCCAACUUGUACAUGAAUAUUGUUUUUAUUGUUUUGCUUUCUACUUGCAUGUUAGGAUCUUUUCGUGUUUUACUUCUUGGAUUUACUGGAUUUUAGACUGGAUUUUUGAAAGAGCGCAUUAGAUCCCCUGUUAGACUUUUUAUAAAGAAGUUUGUGUCUGUAAAUGUGCCAUAUUGUCGUUUCACAGAGAUAUACUUCCCGAAAACAAAAUCACAAAAAGUUUGAAUUCAAAUGGUACUUGUGAUAAGAUAUAUAUAUAUAAAUAAAUAAUAGAGAGCAUGAAUGUGUCGCACAUGAGUGUAUUUAAGCCAGAUUUCAUUCCUUAAAGAGAAAGUUCACCCAAAAAUGACAAUUCUCUUAUCAUGUAUUCACCCUCAUGUCAUUCAAACCCCAUAUGACUGACUUUCUUCUGCAGAGCACAAAAGAUUAUGUUUUGAAGAAUGUUGGUAACUAAACAACACUGGCCCCCAUUGACUUCCAUUGUAUGAACACAAAACCACUGAGACAUUUCUCAAAAUAUCUUCUUUUGUGUUCCACAGAAUGUCAGGUUUGAAUGACAGAAUUUUUAUUUUGGGGUAAACUAUCCCUUUAAGUCUACACUUUCUCUGCCUGUCUACAAGCAGAUUCAUGUUCAGAGAAUAACUGACCCAAAAAAGACAAUUUCGCAUGCCAGACUUCCGUUUUUUUUAUUUGAAGAAGGUUUGCUGAUACAGUUUUCCGUACAACGAUGUUAUCUACAGUCCAACUCAACGUUCAAAGAACCUUUUCACUGUCGUUUGUGUUAUCAUACAGUCAAAUAGAACUCUUGUAUUUUCUUUUAAAUUUGAGGUGUGAUGCCAUUAAAUUGACCAAGUGUU